AUGCAUUGGCCCUCCUACUCUCCCCUGCCACCACUCACAGCACUCGUAAUCCUGCCCAUCGUCAUCCCAAGCCUCGCCGCCGCCAGCCAGAGCCAGAGCAGUAGUCCCCAGCCUCUGCCCAACGGCAAUGACUCCCUCUGUGACUGCUUCCUCACCAACGGCACGCAGCCGGGCUACUUCGCCAACCACAUGUUCUUCGACUUCCGCAAUCUGACCAAGGACGCCGGCAUCCCGCCGCUCAUCACCAACGAGACGCUCGCCACCAUCGCCAAGCCGACGAGCGAGUACUUCGCCAGCAGCGAUUGGACCAGCGUGUGGCAGCCCCAGGGAUGGAGCAACAGCGAGGGCAAAGGCAAGGGCCUGUCCGGCGCGGCAUCCGUGCUGAUGGUCUACUCGCCGGGCAACGUCUACAUCCAGCGCAACAACGACAGCGACGCCGCGUCGGCCACGUACAUGACGCUGCGCACCCAGCGGCUGCCCAAGUUCCAGUCCGCGGCGGCCUUCCAAACCAAGACGUCCGACUACCAGUUUGUGUCGCUGCGUAUGCUCGCCCGGACCAUUGGCGGGCCGGGUGCCGUCACGGCCUUUUUCACGUAUCGCGACCCCAACUCGACGUCUGCGGUGCAAGAGGCCGACAUGGAGGUGCUGACUCGCGGUCCGCGGGAGAAGAUCCAGUACACCAACCAGCCGUCCUUCACCAACGACGACAAGGUCAACCCCGACGCCACAAAGAACGUCACGCUGCCGGAUGACAUGAUCUGGAGCCAAUGGGCCGUCCACCGCCUCGACUGGACCGCCCAGAGCAGCGUCUGGUACGUCGACGGCCAGCAGGUCGCAAACAUCAGCUUCCAGGUGCCGGCGGGCGCUUCGGGCAUCAACUUCAACGCCUGGAGCGAUGGCGGCAGCUGGAGCGGCAACAUGACGCUGUAUGAUCAGGCAAAUCUCCAAAUCCAGUGGAUAGAGAUGAUAUACAACACCUCCUCCGAUUCCACGUCCUCAAAGAAGCGGGAUGGUUCUAAUCAGCUGCUACGGAGCCGAGACGUUGGCCCGCGGGGUGAGCUGCUCCGGCGCAGCACGGAUGCCGCUGGGCAGUGCAAAGUGGUGUGCAGCAUCGAUGAGGUGACGGAGGCGGGAGUUGCUACCAUGCUGUGGAAUACAAGCAGCACAGCCACGCGCAUGGCCGGAACUGACGUUAAGAGCAGCCUGGCAUGGGCAUGGGCCCUGUGUCUGGGGAGUGUUUUCUGGUCGGUGGUCGUUUGA